AUGGCUCGGAACGCUCCGCCAGUGUUGACUUCUCCCGACGUGUUUACGUCUGCGUGUUUCUCACCUUCGCGGCACUCUACAGAGGCCAAGCUCUCGACUCUGGGGAAACCACCUCCUUUUGCCAAAGCAGGCGACUCGACAUGCGCGGGAUCCCCCUCGCUGUCGCCCACACCUCUGACCUCGCCGGGCGCCUCCAGUUGCGCCUCGGCCUUUUCGGUUUUGUCGUCUCCGGUCUCUGCUGCCUCUGACUUCUCGACGCAACCGCGCGAACUUUGUUCCACCCCCCAUGCCUUCCCAACCUGGCCGGUAUCGUACGCUACCCCCGAGCCUGCGUUGCCUCUAGGGACGUCUGAGGAGGCUACUGCCUCUUGCGGGGGUUCUGCCAGCGUGGAGGGGCCAGCGAAGAUGGCCUCUGAAAUGCCCGCAGAAAGAAACACGACAGCAGGAGUGUCAGAAACUGCAAGCGUGUCCAUUGCUCGCGACACCGCGAACAGCACUUGCGACGAAUCGCGUGCGAGCAGCUCUCCUCAUUUUACUGUUCCUCAUACAUCCCGGAAGGGCUCUAAGGAGCCUGGGAUGCUCCGGCGAAGAGGACGGGAACCCGCAGCAGCGGAGAAGGUGGGCGGGGGCGCCGCCCCACGAACGGACUCCCCUAACGCGUCUGCUGGACUUCGCCGCUCCAUGCAUAGCGUGCGAGUCUCGUGCAGCGACAGCAGCCGGUCGACAACAACUGAGGCUGGAGCGGAGUUGGUCUCGAGCCACUGGGAGAGACAGACAUCAGGCGCCGUCACCCCAUCGAGUGGGACGAAUGGAGGGAAGGGACUUCCGGCCGUGGGGUCUCCGGACGCGUCCGAGGGCGACGUCAGUCUGGACACAACUGACAAUUCUGGGGAGAGCACUGUGUCGACGAGUCAGACGAUUCGCAGUAGCCGAUCCGCCAGCAGAAAGAGCAGUGUGGAACGGGGUGCCGAAGCUGUAGGCGCCGUCUGCGCCAAGGCCGUGAUGCUUCCGAUCCGCGCCAUUCAGCGAACGGAUCUGACGACUUGCAUGCGAAAGAAUAGAGAGCAUGGAGAGGGAACACCUGCAAACGCUAGGCGCUUCGGGGUUGGAGAAGGCGAAUGGUUUCCAGGUCCCGUUCCACGCGGACACACUGUCGGGAUCGAUGGCUGCACACCGAGGGCGAAUCCUUUCGUUGAUGAAGUAGACUCGCCCAGCGCCCCGUGCCCAGGCGCUGCCUCCGAGUUGUUCCGCUCCCUGGCUUCUGGUCUGAUCCUGUCGAUUGAUGGCGGCGGGGAAGAUGCGCCAGGCAGCGAGGAUGAACUGAUUUCAUUCGAGCGACUGGAAAGCUUCUGCGAUGCUGUACGUACACCAACCGCGCUCCGGAUCUCCGGCGCGAGCUUGUCGACGGACAGCAGCGAUGUAUCGGAGGCUACGCAACUCGGAUUCGCUGGUUUUCAAUCCCCGAGGGAGCCAUCGACGCCGCAGAGCUGCUGUGGGACGGGAAGUGCCGCCUUUGAAGCGAGGGAAUUCGGCAGGCGCCUCAUUCCGCAAACUCUUAACGGUAAAGCGGCACAGGAGGAGGGGCAGAAGAUAUCGUCCGUGAUGGGAGCGGGCGAGAAAUCACGAAUGAGCAGCGAUGAUGGCGCCCCAGAAUCCAAGGCCGCAGUUGUGAGGAAGAACGUGGUGUACAUACAAAACUUGGGGAGCCGCCGCGGCGAGGUGUCGCCGAUGGCGUGCGAGAAGAGAAACGCAGUCCUGGCCUUGCCUCGAGGCCCAGGAAUGGAAGACACAGAGGCCUUCGCAGAGAAGAAACGACUUCCAGUUGAACGCGGAAAACGCGAGAAAGAACCGUCGCUGUUUUGUUGCGCAUGUUGUGGGGGCCGACUGCUCUGCUCUCAGUGCAGCGCAACGAGCGACGUCCAUGGGAUAGAGCCAGCGGGGUACGGAGCGUCGAAUUCGAGCCUUCAGAGGCUGCAGGACAAGGCGACUAUCGGCAGGCGCAAUGGCGCAAAUGCGCGAGAGUCUGGCGCCUUGACGCCCCGAGGACAGUGCCGCGUGUGCGCAGAAAGCAUUUACUGCGGCUUUUGUGUGUAUCGCAUGCAGGCGACAGUCUCGGUAUCUUGCGCCCCUGCGUCGGAUCGGUUGGCUGGAAGAAGUCCCGAUGUGGAAGGGCCUGCCGACGCUCUCUUGCGAAGGCAUUUCAGCAACGGCGCCGCUGUCGAGGAAGGGUUGGACGGUGUUGAGGGCUCCGGGCGCGAAUCGGAGGUGGGUGCAACCGCGCUUUGCAUGCAGUACCUCAACCUCAACCCAGGGUGCCGACAGGGCUUCCCGUGUGUUCCACCGCAGUUCGGGGAAGCCGAACCAGAGACUGCCGCGGCCUGGUUCAGUGGCACAGCAGGUCAGGAGACAAAGCAAGGGAUUAUGGACCUUGGAGGAGGACCUCAAACGCAUUCCACUUCGGACAUGCUUGUUAACGGUCUAGGUUUCUUGGCAUCUUGCCCCCCCUCGGGAGCUGACUUCCGAGGGGCAGCUGCAGGGCAUGCGACUCACCACGCGCGGCAUUUCGCACAGUGUCAGCGACAAGCAUGUAGGUCCGUGGUGCGGGGGAAGUCUUUCCUUGAAGGCGAUCCCAGUGCAGGAUUGACCGAGUGCGGGCCUCUGAUUGGGUUGGACGGCAUCAUUGGGAGAGCUGGCAGUUUGGGAAUGGCCCCUCUUCAAGGAGACACUUUCACCUCGCCUCAAGUCGACAGAGGGGCUGAACAGGGGUCGGUGCCGAGGCAUUCGUGGGCUUGCGCUGGCCGUUUUCCAAUUCCAGGUGGAUUUCGCUUCGACAAGACCACCAAGACCGACUCGAGCCGCAAGCCAAAUUCCCCCCAAGAAGCGUGGAAACAAGGACUGGUGCCGACCUCCGGAGCCUGGUCAGUCGACGCAAACGCAGCUACCCACCUAUGCUCGACAACGCAGACGUCACUGUAUCGGGACUCCUGGGACUGGGCUUCCCUGUCGAGUGCUGCAGACGCUUGCUUGCAAGCGUCUGCCGGAAAAACCUCCGAUUCACAAGUUGCCAUGGAGACUGCUGGCGUGAAUCGCGCAGGCUGUAGUGGAGGUCUUGCAUCGAAUUCUACAUUGCGAGCAGGCGGACGUUUUGGCGAGGCAGCCAAGUCUCUCAGGCACUGCUUACCGACAGGUCGCGAAAACCCCGGGGUAAAGGAACAGGUGGCGCUGGAGACUGAAGCUUUCCGGACUUUGGCCAACGCAGCGGAAGCCGAGUGCCGCUUCUCGUCGCUCGAGUACACGCGUCUUGCAGAGCGGGCACAGGCCGAUGUCUUUUCAGGAGCGGGUCCCCCCGCUGGCAUGCUCUCGGGGUCGGGGCCUUACGGUCGGUCUCUCCGGUGGGACGUAGGCCACGCGCUCGGCGUAUCGCGACGCCUAGCUGAGUCGGCUGCGUUGGCGGCGCAUGCGCCCCACCCUCACAUCACAGGUUGCCCUCCUGACCAGCACGGCAAUUCGGGAACGCCAGUCUGUGAUUACCCGUUGCCCCAGAUGACGCCAGCGGCCGCUCCGCUGCCCUCCCUGAGACCGCGGCCGAGCUCGGAAGCCUUGAGCGAGGCAGCGUUCCCCAGACGGGAUCCCGGUCAGUUGCGGGGCGUAGUCCAGCCUAGGGAAGCCGAGAAGCGGUCCUGGGGUAGCGCGGAGAGACUGGAGGGCCUUCCAUGCAGUCAAACCCGUUACCUAGUCGCAAACUCGAGCAGUCCAUCCGGGCGCAGCAGUGUCCACGACGAAAAGGACGGGCCGGACAGCGCGUUUCUCCGAGAUCAGCAGUUGCACCUCUCCGCGGAAACUGCGGGGACAAGUGCUGUGACGAAGCGGAGGCGCGUCGAUCGGGCCACAGCCGGGCGGAAGGACAGCCGUGGCGACGCCGGCGCGUGGGGCACACCAGCUGGGAGGGUCAUGCCCGGGCGAGGACCUGGGACCUCAGAGGGUUCCAUAGACAUGGGAGGUUUCAAUGACGGGACCCGGUGCCAUCCGCGGCGAAGCGGCACCGGCGGCGUGCACUUGCGCCAAGCAGUGGCCACUGGCGAGAGGCGUGACACCGAGCAGAGGAGGCCAAUCCCACCUGACUCAGAGGGCGGGAAACCCGGUGUCUCCGCGGCCCGGAAGCAGUUGCUGGAGGCGGACGAAAGGGGAAAAGUGGAGAUGACGACAAUGCGGUCUCGGAAGCGAUGCACUCGGAAACAGGUUUCUGGCGACGCCCAUAUUCCGCAGGAAACAUGGCUGAGCUCUCCAGAAAGAAGUCGGAUGAAUGCUGAGGUGGGUCAGGUGAACGAACCCCGCGGGGUAGACAGUGGAGCCCGGUUCGGGAGUCCAGCCAGGUCGCUAGAGUCCGAGUUAGGUGGCGACGAGAGGGGAAGCAGUGGAGGCGCGGGCGAGCGUCGUGCGACUGUGGAAAACUCACAAGACCUUCCAGGAUUCGCUUGUUCGCGACGCCGAGGAGCUGAGGAACCAGGCCGCGGAAGCGCGACGAGCGGCUCUUGCAUGCGUGACGCUGGGGACCUAGUGACGGAGGCGAGCCGCCACGCUUUGGCUCGUGGCCGUCAAUCCACGGAGUCAGGAAACAUCGAACCAGCGGAGGGUUCGGCGUCAACUCUGGCAUGUGCAGAUGUGAUCAGCAGUCGACGCAGAACCGGUUCGUCCCGUUUCCCGUCGAGAGCGACGAGCAGGCCCGGAAGCGUGUCGCCAGGUGUGAAGACCUCGAAGCGACGACGCGGAGACAAGGGCUCCACGAACGACGAGUUGGCAGUAAGAGAGGGCGAAGAGCUGGCGCCUAGGCUGUCCGGUCCUGUCGGGGGGGUGACGCAGGAAGCCGUGCAGGAAGAAUCGCCCGAGGGACAGACCGAACCUGGGGAAGGAAACGAGCAAGGGAUGUUGAGCGGGGACAAGGGGGGCGCCGGGCCUGUGUCUCUCGAUGACAGCGAGAAGACCGAAACCCAGUCUGCUGAAAAAGAGGCGGCGAGUCCUCCCGGGCGGGGAAGCAACGGACGCUUCUGGCGUGCAGGCGGGGACGGCCGAGUUCUCUACGAUCAAUCGGGUCAGAAGAUUUCAGGCAUCUGGUUCGACAGCGGUCGACGCCUGUGGCGAGUGGUCUUCACGCAGGGAGAACGGAGAAGAACGAAAGGCUUCAGUCUGCGACAGUACGGAUUCGAGGAAGCGAGGAACAUGGCUGUCCAGUGCAAGCUCGAGAUGGAAGCUAGGAAGGGAGAGAAGACCAGCAACCCCGUCUCGCCUGCCAAGUAG